CCGCUAUCCGCCUUCGACUCGUUACAACUUCAACCGAUAAAUAUUUACUCGCUUAUUGUUUUCAAAACGAACCACCGGCCACCUUUUCCGAAGCAAUUCAGUAACUAACCAGCCGCUUCCUGGCAAUUAGCGUUCACAACUCGACGGGCCAGCGUUACGAGCACCAACUCGGUCCCUCAGAAGAAAACUAAAACCAUGGCGAAAACGAAACUAACCGACAUCGCGGGCCUGCUCGAAGACUACCCGCAAGAAGAGUACCAGAUAGCCGAAGAAACCAUCAGCCAGGGCACGGCCCCGGGCGAGCACUACGGCUCCGUCAUCCUAGCAGUAGAUCUAAAAAUCCGCAAGAAGAGCGACGCCAAAAACGAACAGCACCUCCGGUUGAUAGCCAAACUCCUGCCGGCCAACGAGAUGCUGCGCAAAGUCUUCAACGUGUACGUCACCUUCAAGAAGGAAGUUCUGGCCUACACCGACGCCGUACCGGCCAUCGCGCGAUUCCAGCAGCUGCACGGCAUCCCCGCGGAGAAAUCCUACCGAAACCUGUUCCCCAAAUGCCACGGGGCGCGGAUAAACGCCGACACCGACGUGCUCGAAGUCGACGACCAGUGCGUGCUGCUGCUGGAGAACCUCAAGAUCAGGGGCUUCCGCACGGAGGACCGGCUGCGCGGGCUCGACGCCGAAGCCGUGCGAUUAAUUUUGAGAGACUUGGCCAGAUUCCACGCCACUCCUGUCGCUUUCAAGCUGCUGGACCGCGAGGAGUUCGAUGCGAAAGUGAUGCCGUGCUUGGUGGAUAGCAGCGUGAUGGAGGAGGUGCCGCACAUCCGGAGCGUCUUCCACGACAGCAUCCUGGAGGGAGCGCUCGAUUGCGCCGAACUGGCGCCUCACUGGGAUAGAAUCCGGGCGGUGUGCGAGGCGGUGAAGAGUCUGAAGAAGCCGGAGCCCGGGGAACCGUGGGCGACGGUUUGCCAUCAGGAUUUCUGGACCAGCAACACGAUGAUCCGGAAGGAAGGGGGACGGUGCGUGGAGAAUAAAAUCGUGGAUCUGCAAUUGACCGGGUACGAUUCGGGGCUGAAGGACCUGGUGUUCUUCCUUUUCACCAGCGUCAUUAACGAAGUGCUGGACGAACAUUUCGACGAGUUUCUCAAGAUUUACUACGACGCGUUUAUCGAUACUUUGAAGGAUUACGAAGGGGUGGAUGUGGGUAGGUUUUCUUGGGCUGGAUUCAACAGGGAGCUGGAAAUUGCCGCGUCGAGUGAAGUGUACCACAUUUUGUUCAUGCUGAAGCCGAUUUGCACCGAACGAGGCGCCGUGAAAAACAGUCCGGAAAAUUUCCAGGACUCCGAUUGGACGAGGAAGGAUUUGCUGGGGCCGAACCACCGGAGGAAAUUAAAAGAGACCGUCCUCAGUUUGGUGAAAAGAAAAUUUUUGUAGCACUCGAAUUAAAUAUCGUUUUAUUCAUACGAAAUUAUUGUAUCGUCUUAAUUUGUUUUUAAAUUUAAAUAAAUGCACAACCCUACUAAAUAAAAUCUUUUUAAUAUCUAGAUUAUUUUGUGUUCCAU